AUGGAGCCCCAGCGAGAAGACAUCGAGUCCCAGGCCACGAACGGUGCAACCGCAGAGAAAGAUGUCAAGCCUGAACCCCAGUCCCUCCCAAGCAGCACCUUCAUGCGGGUCUGCCACAACUUCUCCACGGUCUGGUUCACGGUAGCGAUGGACACCGGUGUCCUCAGUGUCGUCCUUCGGCAAUUUCCAUACCCAUCCCACUGGACCCGCGUCUGUAGUGCGAUCAUGUUCGUCACAACGGUCGUCCUAGCCGCCACCUUCGCCUCGAUCUAUCUGAUCCGGUGGACCAGAUUCCGCAAGGACACCUUCAACGCCACCCACCUCGAGGCAGAAGAGAUCGCGCUACAAGCCUGCCCAGCCAUAACCUGGGCUCUGAUCACCAUCCAAGUCCAACUCACCUGCGCUCAAUCCUGGGGCUAUGGCUGCACGAUCCUCGCGUACGUCAUGUGGUGGAUCGGGCUUGUCUGGAUCGUGAGCAUCUGCGUUACGUUGUACUUGCACCUCAUCAAGCACCCCUCCCAGAGCAUCAUCGACCGAUUUCUCCCAACCGCAGUCUUCAUCCCUAUCGUCGGCAUCUUCACACAAGCCAACGCCGCGGGCGUCAUCGUCAACGGCGCAAUCAACGACACGCGCAUGUCCGCCGCCAUGGCCGUCCCAAUCAUCAUCGUUGGCUUCAUGCUUGUCGGGUUCGGACUCGGUCUCGCUAUCGUCAUGUACUCGAUCUACGCGCAUCGACUCAUGACCUCCGGCUUCCCCGAAGCACUCAAGAUCCCCAGCAUGAUUCUCACAAUCGGACCGUGUGGCCAGUCCGCGUCCGCCCUCCUCAACCUCUCGGCCGCCGCCGUCGCGCACGGCAAUUUCGAAAAGUAUGCCAAGGGGUUCUUCCUCACCUCUACAGGCGCCGAUAUCAUCCGCAUCCAGUGUACGCUCGCAGCUCUCCUCCUCGUCGGCUUCGCCAUUUUCUGGAUGUGCGUCGACUACUACGCUCUCGUUACCGGUCUGAUCCGACGGAAGAUCCACCCCAGUCUCUUCUGGUGGAGCAGCAUUUUCCCAGUCGGCACUGUCGUCACUGCGCUGUCAGGAUUGGGCAAGGACCUGGAUUCGCCUGCUUUCAAGAUCUGUUCGAUCAUUCUCUUUGUGUUUUUGUUGUGCAUCUAUUUCGUAAAUUGGGGUUUCACGGUGCCGAUGACGUGGAGUGGGAAGUUUCUGGGACUGGAGCCGAGAGUGGACAGACUUGACGAUGCGUCAAAAUCUGGCCACCACUGGCAUAGCUUGCACAAGGGUGCUUUGAGGAUGAGAGACGACUGA